GUAUGCAUUUAUUUGGUCAUGUACGACUGUGAAUGUAAUGCAGAUUACAUUGACAUGGCUGUAGGUAGGUAACCGUAGCGAGAGUCCUGCACAUUAAAAACAAACAACUUCCCCAAUUCACUGCGUCUUGUGCUGGACAGCAAACGCUGACAGCCCCUUUGUAAUUACGACACGAUGCUUUGUUGUGCCCUGUAAUGCUGCAUGUUUUUAGCUUUUGCCUUAAAUGGAUGUGUUAAUGUCAUGAAAAGUAACGAAGCAGAAGUCAGCUUCCUGUUCGAAUUGUCCCGUUCCACCUUAAAUGGUGCAGCAGUUAGGUUACAAGGUGGAACCGGAGCAUUCCAACAUGAAGCUGGUGAACAGAAAAACAAGUAGCCUCAGUGAGCCAAAUGCGAGUUAUCGACCAGAUGCUUCAGAUGCAGCAGAUGGAGACGAGUAAAAAUCAGAUUAAAGUGGACCUGGUGGAUGAGAACUUCACAGAACUAAAGGGAGAGAUAGCAGGGCCACCCGACACGCCUUAUGAAGGUGGUAGAUACCAGCUAGAAAUUAAAAUUCCAGAAACAUAUCCGUUCAAUCCGCCAAAGGUACGAUUUAUCACGAAGAUCUGGCAUCCCAACAUCAGCUCAGUAACUGGUGCCAUAUGUCUGGACAUUCUAAAGGACCAGUGGGCAGCAGCCAUGACACUCCGGACGGUGUUGCUGUCUCUACAGGCUUUAUUGGCAGCCGCAGAACCAGACGAUCCACAAGAUGCAGUAGUGGCCAAUCAGUAUAAGCAGAACCCAGAGAUGUUCAAGCAGACGGCCCGACUCUGGUCACAUGUUUACGCAGGUGCUCCUGUCUCUAGUCCAGACUACACACGCAAAAUAGACAAACUCUGUGCUAUGGGCUUUGACAAAAACGCAGUAAUAGUGGCGUUGUCGUCGAAAUCCUGGGAUGUGGAGACAGCGACAGAGCUGUUGCUUAGCAACUGAACCCAGCGUGGGGAGCAGAAGCACCACCACCACUGACCCCCAAUUUACCGAAUUUUACCCCCCACCCCCUGACCCACGUGACUCUGCCCACAUCAGACCUGGAUUCAUGAACAAAUUGCACCUGAAUACCACAAGCCACACUGUCUCUCGCUCUCUCUUUCUUUUUCUCUCUCUCUUUCUGGUUCUUUCUUUCUCUCUCUCUCCCUCUGGUUACCUUUUCCCCACCUCUGCCAACCUCCUUGAUUUCUAUUAGUCUGUUCAUCUAUACAUUUUCUCAUUCUUGCUUUCUUUUGGUUUCUUUUGCCCUCUUCUUUUGGAUUAAGCGUGCCUUUCUUUCUUACUUUCUUUCCUCUACAUUCUCUCGUCACUCCUUCCUUGUCUGAUCACAUCAUUCUCUCUUUAUCACCUACAUCAUCAUCCUCCUCCUCCUCCUCCUCUUCAGACUGGUAAUGUGAUUCUGAUCUAACUCUUACCACCAUGCUGGACCGUCCCCAACACCACCCACAUUUUCGCACAAUCACUUGAGCCCCUUUUAUGUGGAAUUCCAUUUUUACAGUGACAGUAAGUCAGACAAGCAAAAGAAAAUUACACCAGUACUCACCGCUCUUCACAGGUAGUGUUAUCUCAACCAAUCAAGACUGGAAUAUAAUUAAAAAAUUUAAAAAAAGCGAGAAAAGAAGAAGAAGAAUGAAAAAGAGAAAGAAAAUCAACCCCACUGAACAAAACAGCGCCUGCAGAAACGUCAGAAGAAAACAAAAAGGUUUCAUCUGUAAAUAAAGCUAUUAAAGUCUGUAUAAAUUAAAGCAAUGUGGCAAUGCUCUUAUUUAUUAUUGUUUUAAGUAAACAAUAAAGCAGAACAGUUUUGUGGCUAAUGGAGCAAGUUCAUCGUCCAGUAUGUGAAGUGUUUUCUUUCUCUUCAGGGUGUGUUGGACUGCUGAAGUAAUUGCAGAUACUGUAGUAGUAUUCUGUCUAAUCUAUUGCAGAUGAAUAAAAGUGGAAAGGAAAUAUG